UGGACGUGCCUAGAGGGCGGCGAAUGAGCGGCCUGGCCUCGGAGCGCGGCCAUGGACCCUGUGGGGACAGCAGACCCCUCAGCGCCCCCGGGCCCUUUGACUCACCUGAGCUUGCCGGACAGCUUGGAGGCGCGGCUGCAGAGCGGAGCCGACGGGCGGAGCCUCCCGGGCAGUUGGACCAGGUCAUCCCCAGAGCAUGCCACCAUCCUGAGAGAAGGUGUGCGCAGGUGCCUGCAGCAACAGUGCGAGCAGACAGUGUGGAUCCUGCAUGCCAAGGUGGCCCAGAAGUCAUAUGGAAAUGAGAAGAGGUUCUUCUGCCCUCCACCCUGUGUCUACCUCGCCGGUCCCGGCUGGAGGGUGAAGCCAGUGCAGGGUCAAGCCCAGCAGGCAGGGGAGACGGGGCCCACGGUCUGCGGUUACAUGGGACUGGAUGGCGCGUCCGGCAGCGCCGCCGAGACUCAGAAGUUGAAUUUCGAGGAACAGCCGGAUUCCAGGGAAUUCGGAAGCGCCAAGACCCUGUACAUCUCGGACGCAGACAAGAGGAAGCACUUCCGACUGGUGCUGCGGCUCGUGCUCCCGGGGGGCCGGGAGCUGGGCACCUUCCACAGCCGCCUCAUCAAGGUCAUCUCGAAGCCCUCGCAGAAGAAGCAAUCGCUGAAAAAUACUGAUCUAUGCAUUUCCUCGGGCUCAAAAGUCUCCCUCUUCAACCGCCUGCGAUCUCAGACAGUCUCUACACGCUACCUCUCUGUGGAGGACGGGGCCUUCGUGGCCAGUGCGAGACAGUGGGCUGCCUUCACACUGCACCUGGCUGAUGGGCACUGUUCCCAAGGGGACUUCCCACCUCGAGAGGGCUACAUCCGCUAUGGCUCCCUGGUGCAGCUCGUCUGCACUGUCACCGGCAUCACACUGCCUCCUAUGAUCAUCCGCAAAGUAGCCAAACAGUGUGCACUCCUUGAUGUGGAUGAGCCCAUCUCCCAACUGCACAAGUGUGCAUUCCAGUUUCCAGGCGGUCCUCCAGAAGGCGGUGGCACAUACUUAUGCCUUGCCACAGAGAAAGUGGUGCAAUUCCAGGCCUCUCCCUGCCCCAAGGAGGCCAACAGGGCUCUGCUCAAUGACAGCUCUUGCUGGACUAUCAUCGGCACUGAGUCAGUGGAAUUCUGCUUCAGCACCAGCCUGGCAUGCACGCGGGAGCUGGUCACUCCGGUGCCCCUCAUCAGCACCCUCGAGCUGAACGGCGGGGGCGACGUGGCCACGCUGGAGCUCCACGGAGAGAAUUUCCACGCGGGACUUAAGGUGUGGUUCGGGGACGUGGAGGCAGAAACCAUGUACAGGAGCCCGCGGUCCCUGGUGUGUGUGGUGCCCGACGUGUCCGCCUUCGGCAGUGACUGGCGCUGGCUGCGCACUCCCAUCACGGUGCCUGUGAGCCUGGUGCGCGCCGACGGGCUCUUCUACCACAGCGCCUUCUCCUUCACCUACACCCCCGAGUACAGCGCGCGGCUGGGGCCCCCCGGCACCCCCGAGCUGGCUACCGACGCCGACGCGCUCCUCGAGAGCAUCCACCACGAGUUCACGCGCACCAACUUCCACCUCUUCAUCCAGACGUAGCGCCCGCCGCCGAGGUCCCCACCCGGGCACGGG